UUUUGUUUUUUCUACUCAGAUAAGAUUUGACAGAACUUCCAAGUUGAUGUGAGUUUGGAAUUCUAGCUAGAAAGUUGUUUAAUAAGUUGGUGAAGUAAAAUGAAAUCAAGAAUAAAUAUAUCAAAUACCUCACUUAUAUUUGAUUUGAACAUCAAAGAUCUCAGAUAAACUACUUCUACCAAACAUGCCAUACAGUCAACUUGGUUGUUUCAACUUCCGUUUCUUCUCAAUUUGAACAUUCUUCCUUCUUAAACUCACUCAUCAUCUCCCAAAAAAUAAUCAAAUCCACACAAUGACAACAUGCUUGAAUCCACAAACCAAUGAAGAUGAUUCUGUAAUCCUCUUUUCAACUUCCAAUUCACCGGAAGAUGAUUCCAUUAGUCCUUUUUCUUCUUCUUCUUCUUCCUACAAUUCACCACCACCACCAACACUACAUCAUCAUUACCAAUUCAAGAAAACAGCAUACAAACUUUCUGUCAAAAACCUCACUUAUACUUUUUGUCAAAAACAGCCUGCAAUAAACAUACUAAAAUCUGUCUCUUUUGUUGCUACAACUUCUGAGAUUGCUGCUGUUGUUGGUCCAAGUGGCACAGGUAAAUCAACCCUUCUCCGAAUAAUCGCGGGUAGGGUCAAAGACAAACACUUUGAUCCCAAAACUAUAUCAAUUAAUGAUCAACCUAUGACUAGUCCAUCUCAGUUAAAGAAAAUUUGUUGCUUUGUAUCACAACAUGACAACUUGCUUCCUCUUCUAACUGUCAAAGAAACUUUGCUGUUUAGCGCGAAAUUUCGACUAAAACAAAUGACACCAAAAGAUAGAGAAACAAGAGUAGAAAGCCUUAUGCAAGAGCUAGGACUUUUUCAUGUUCAAAAUAGUUUUGUUGGUGAUGAAGAGAAUAGAGGUGUAUCAGGUGGAGAAAGAAAAAGGGUUUCAAUUGGUGUUGAUAUGAUUCACAAUCCACCAAUUUUGGUCUUAGAUGAACCAACUUCAGGACUUGAUAGUACCUCAGCUUUGCAUGUGAUUGAGCUUUUAUCAUCAAUGGUUAAAGCAAAGAAAAGGAUAGUGAUUCUUUCAAUUCAUCAACCUAGUUAUAGAAUAUUGAAAUAUAUUUCUAAGUUCUUGAUACUAUCUCAUGGUUCACUUGUUCAUAAUGGUAGCAUAGAGUCACUAGAAGAAACUAUAUCUAAUUUGGGUUUUCAAAUUCCAAUUCAACUCAAUGCUCUUGAAUUUUCCAUGGAAAUUAUACAAAGUUUAGAAGAAUAUUCUAGUUCUAGUUCUAGUUCCAAACGUGUCACCAUUGAGGAAAAUGAGACUUUUCCAAGGACAAUUUGGCAAGAGGAAGAAAAGGGUCUUGUCCAAUUCCAACAACAAUAUCAAAAGGAAAGUUUUUUCAAUCUUUGUUAUGUGAACUUCAUGGAGAUACUAUUUCUUUGUUCAAGAUUUUGGAAGAUUAUUUAUAGAACAAAACAACUUUUCUUGGCUAGAACAAUGCAAGCAUUAGUUGGUGGAUUUGGUUUAGGAAGUGUUUAUAUAAAAGUAAGAAAAGAUGAAGUAGGAGUUGGUGAAAGGUUAGGACUAUUUGCAUUUAGUCUUAGUUUUCUCUUAUCUUCAACAGUUGAAGCACUUCCUAUAUACCUUCAAGAGAGAACUGUUCUUAUGAAAGAAGCUUCAGGAGGAGCAUAUAGAAUCUCUUCUUACAUGAUAGCCAACACUAUUGUUUUCAUUCCUUUCUUGUUUGUGGUUUCUAUCCUUUUUGCUGUCCCUGUUUAUUGGCUUGUAGGACUCAACCCUUCAUUCAAAGCCUUCACUUUUUUCACUUUUGUGGUUUGGCUCAUUGUGCUAAUGGCAAGUUCAUUAGUCCUUUUUUUGAGUUCUAUUUCCCCUGAUUUUAUUUCAGGAAACUCACUCAUUUGCACUGUUCUUGGAGCCUUUUUCUUGUUCUCUGGCUACUUCAUACCAAAAGAGAGCAUUCCAAAAUAUUGGAUUUUUAUGUAUUAUGUGUCACUUUAUAGGUACCCUUUGGAUGCACUUUUGAUAAAUGAGUAUUGGAAUGCUGGAAAUGAGUGUUUUUCGGAACAACAAACAGAAGGGUCUUCCUCAAAGUGUUUGGUUACUGGAUUUGAUGUGUUGAAGAGUAGAGGACUUGAAAAGGAUAAUAGGUGGAUGAAUGUCGGGAUAAUGAUUGGUUUCUUUUUUUUCUAUCGUGUGCUUUGUUGGGUUAUACUUGCUAGAAAGGCCUCAAAGACAACAAUAUAACACAAACAAUGAACCACAAAGUGCAUGAGUCAAUAUUAUUCAAAAAUGAAACAUAGGUUUCAAACAAAUGUUAAGUUCAUUAUAGUUCACAUUAAGAAGAGACUUGUUUCCAUGUUCAUAAUGUAGUCCACAUAUUUUAAAAUGGACCUUCUACCCAAAACCAAUCACUUUCAAGAGAUGUUUUAACAAUUAGACCGAACUAGCCGAUUCAUCUAAUUGAAUUAGUAAUCGGUCAGUUUGAUUUCAAUUAUAUUGCAGUCCAAUUGAAUCAAGAUUGGACCAGAUGGAACUGAUUGAACCUUUAUUUUACGUAUUUUUUACUUUUUUUUUUAUCCGUCGUUUGAUUCAACCAUAGUUGAAUCAACUAAACCAUGAUCUAAAGGUUUCAUGGGUUGAUUUUCCAUUUCAAUUUUAAAAACAUUGUUAGAAGUUUCUUUUGGUUGUUGUCGAUAUGAUAUAAUAUAAUGAAGAUUAAAUUUUAUUA